UCUCUGCUUUCUUCUCUUCCUUUUUCACCUUUCAUGUAUAGGAUUUUCGAAACCUUCCAAUUGGAUGCGUCAUCAUCAUCAUCAUCAUGUCGUCGAUGGGUAGGAUAAUCACGUUGAGGAGCUCGGACGGCGAAAACUUCGAGGUGGACGAGGCUGUGGCACUCGAAUCGCAAACGACCAAGCACAUGAUCGAGGACGAUUGCGUUGGAAACGGCAUUCCUUUACCCAACGUCACCAGCAAGAUCUUCUCUAAAGUUAUCGAGUACUGCAAGAAACACGUGGAAGCAGCUAACUCCGACGAUCGUUCUUCCUCCAUCGACGAUGAGCUCAAGUCUUGGGACGCCGAUUUCGUCAAGGUCUAUCAAGCCACCCUCUUCGAUCUAAUCCUGCUUGUGUACCUGACGCGCUAAACAGUGGCUGACAUGAUAAAGGGCAAAACACCGGAGGAGAUCCGUAAGACGUUUAAUAUUAAGAACGAUUUUACUCCGGAAGAAGAAGAAGAAUC